AUGAAUAACAGUUGGCGAUGCUUUCGAGCCCAAAAGCUUUGGAGAGACAUUUUUAAACACGAAAAUAUAGAGUUUUCAACGGACGAGCUUGUGAAAGAGGUUGAGAACUCUGUUGUUGAGUUCAAAAAACACGCACAAGAGUAUGAUGAGGAGAGCAUUCAAGAGCAGGUGCAAGAGGUGCUAGAGGGAGCAAAAGUGGUGAAAGGAGCUUUGGAGAUGGAAGCUGAGUUGGAUUGCCUUGGAAGACCUAUUGCAGUGGAUGAUGGAGUUGGGAAAACUUUAAGUGAUAGUAGAUGGAAGGCUCCAUCACAACAGGUAAGACGAGUUACAAUACAUACCUAAAGAGGAAAAAGAGAUGGCGAAAUGUUGACAGAGGAGGUUUUUGCUGCCAAGAGAAAAAAAAUAACACAGUGCCAACGGCGCACAUGAUUCCCCUCUAGUUUAGAUAGAAUCUUAAACCAAACUAUAUGAAUAAUCACUGAAGUACACCGCCAACUUCAAGCUUUUAAUUAUUCUUCCAUACUUAAAAUAUUGGAGUUUCAAAAGUAAAUUUGUAUAAGAUAUAUAAUACAAUUAGAUAAAAUGACAAAAUUAGCCAAAUACACUAAUUACUUUACAAAUUUAGCCAAAAAAAAAAAAAAAAAAUAGAAAUUGCAAAAAUAACCACUAAUUUCGCAGAUGGAAAAGCUCUAUCUGCGAUUUUUGCUUUCCAUCUGCGAAUGUACAAUUGCCUAC